AUGCCUGUCCGGAUCAUGUGCACCAUCUCCUUCUCAGCUGAUGAUGAGUCUGGCGGGGGAUCUUUUAAAGACGGCUUCGAUGACCACUACAAGCGAGUGAAAAAGAGCUACAGCGAUGGAGACUCACGGGAAUACCUGGAUGGGUGCGGCGAGACAGAGGUUUACGAUGACGAGGAAGCCGACGUCAGCCAGGUGGAUGACUUGGCCACAUUCUUUGGUGGCUGUUCACUCCAUGGCGCCAACCAUGUGUUUGUAGAGGACAAGAAGUUUGGUGUCCGUCAAGGUCUCUGGGCGCUGGUUUUUCUCCUUGCCCUGUCAGCAUUCCUGCUCCAGGUGGUUGACAGAGUUCUGUAUUACCUCCAGUACGACCAUGUCACUAUGCUGGAUGAGAGAACAGCCAAAAACAUGACCUUUCCGGCUGUCACCAUCUGUAACUACAAUACCUUCAGGAAGUCUCAGAUCAGCUACAGCGACCUUAUCUUUAUGGGCCCUCUGCUGGGCUACGAAGACAACAUGGCCCCGGGGAUUCCACUUGCCCCUGAGCCAGACCGCCCACCCGGCUCUCGCUUCAGCCUGGAUGAGUUCUUCAACCGCACUCGACACCGCAUGGAGGACAUGCUGCUGGACUGCAACUUCAGAGGUUUAGAGUGUGGCGCAGAGAACUUCAGAGAGAUAUUCACACGCUAUGGGAAAUGCUACACCUUUAAUUCGGGCCAAGAUGGGCGCCCCCUACUAGUGACCAUGAAGGGUGGAAUGGGCAAUGGCCUAGAGCUAAUGCUGGACAUCCAGCAGGAUGAAUACUUGCCCGUAUGGGGAGAGACAGACGAGACAUCAUUUGAGGCGGGGAUUAAAGUUCAGAUCCACACCCAGGAUGAGCCGCCCUUCAUCGACCAGCUGGGCUUCGGAGUGGCACCAGGCUUCCAGACCUUCGUCUCCUGUCAGGAACAACGGCUGACCUACCUGCCCCCGCCAUGGGGAGACUGCAAAGCCACUCCGUUGGACUCAGACUUCUUCAGCACAUAUAGCAUCACGGCCUGCCGAAUCGACUGUGAGACGCGUUACCUGGUGGAGAACUGCAACUGCAGGAUGGUCCACAUGCCUGGUGAUGCCCCAUACUGCACCCCGGAGCAGUACAAGGAGUGUGCAGAUCCUGCCUUGGACUUCCUUGUCGAGAGGGACAAUGACUACUGUGUAUGCGAGACGCCAUGUAACUUGACACGCUACGGUAAAGAGAUGUCCUUUGUCAAGAUACCCAGCAAAGCCUCAGCCAAGUACCUUGCCAAGAAAUUCAACAAGACAGAGCAGUACAUAGCUGAUAACAUUCUGGUGCUGGAUAUCUACUUCGAAGCGUUGAACUACGAGACCAUCGAGCAAAAAAAAGCCUACGAGCUGGCAGGGCUUCUAGGUGACAUUGGGGGUCAGAUGGGUCUCUUCAUAGGAGCCAGUAUCCUCACCAUUCUUGAACUCUUCGACUAUCUAUAUGAGGUGAUCAAGUACAAGCUGUGUCGAUGCAUGAAGAAGAAACACAAACGCAGCAACAACAACGACCGGGGAGCCGUGUUGAGCCUGGAUGAUGUGAAACGCCAUGCUCCUUGCGAGAACCUGCGUACACCAUCUACAUAUCCUGCCAACAUGCUACCUCACCACCCGGGCCAGGGUAACUUUGAAGACUUCACAUGCUGAGCAGGACCAGGCAAUGCAUCUAAGCUUGCAUUAUGCAACCAAAGCCAACCGCACGACGAGACUAUCCAACUUGGAGAGCGAUAAUUUGAUACAAAGUCAUAUUCUACCGGGGGCGCUUUUUCACCGAGGGGAGACAAACACAACAGAGCAAAACUUUCUUUACACCCGAUGCUGAGUGGAGGAUACUGUCCAAAUACGAGUACCUGUUAAAUUUCCAGAACAUUCUAAGAAUAUUUCAUACAACACUGUAGAAACGACUUAUCUCUGUGUUUUGGAAUACUGCCGCAAAGGAUGCUCCUGGAGAAACCUCGCCAACACAGACUUCUUUUUCCAAAGACAAAACAAACAAACAAUCAAACAAAAAAAAAAGAAUAUAUAUGGGAAAAUGUACAGUAAUCUCACCAUCAGCUGAACAAGAGCCCAUGCCUUUAUAUGCCACAGCAACACAUGACAUGUCAACUGAACACUGUCCUGGUAGUGGGAUGUAGGGGGGAAAAAAAAAACAUACUGCUUUUACUCCACUGUACAUGUAGCAACAUGUGUACCUGUUGCAAAGCUCCACAAGACAACAGUUGGACUUGGUGUAGUUCAUAUGAGAAUGUAUCUGUGUUCACAAUGGGUUUGAAUCUGCGUGGUGAGAUGAGUGGGAAGCUGUGUGGGGUGACUGGUGGAUGUGGUGGUGGUAGACACAUUAUCUACCUUUUAAGUUUAAAAUAUAUGGCGAACAUUUCAGGUCUCAUCGUGUAAAUGCAUGCGUGUAUUUGUCCAAUGCAUGUAUUCCAUUUUACUUCUUGAGUUUCUUUUUUUAUAUAUAGAAUGAUAAUUGCCAAGUUUGCCUAAAUGAUAUACCGGAAAAGGAAGAUGAUAAUCCCUAUGUACUUGUGUGUGUGUGUGUGUGUGUGUGUGUGUGUGUGUG